AGCCAAAUGUGGACCCGGCCCACAAUCCGCUGUCCUCAACUCCUCAUUUCUUCCUUCUCCGCCCAUUUCAAACUUGACUACCGGAGUUAGGGCGGGAGCCAUUGACGGAAGAAAUGGAAGACCCACCUCCUUCUUCAGACCUCGCCACCAUCCACAGACAAGUGCUUGAGCUCGAAGCGCUUCUCGAUCGAACACGCCGAGACGACGAUUCCGAACCACCCUCUUCAGACUUCCAGGAUUCACUCAAAGACUGCGCUCUCUUUCUCCAGAGUAGAGUUGAAAAGAUAGUAUCGGAUUGCUCCGAUGUCGGUUUUUUAGGGGAUGAGGAUUUUGAGGCGUAUGUGGGAAGAUUUGAGCAGGAGCUUAGCUCGGUGGAGGCCGAGAGUGCUAAGGUUUCUGAUGACAUUGAGGGUCUUAUACGAAACUGUGAGGAAGAUUUUAAUCGGCUCAAUGCUGAUAUCGGGCAGUUGAAGUGUUCAUUGGAGUUUGUUGGAUUUCAGGAUCUGGAAAAAGCAAAACUGGGUGCAGAUGCUGAUUGGCCUACAUAUGGGGAAGAUCUGUUAGAUCCGAUGGAUGUCAAUGAAGACAAAUUUCAGCAACUGGAACUUGAAAAUCAGAUUGACAAGAAUCAUUUCGUUUUGAAGUCUCUACAAGAUUUAGAAUGCAAACUUAAAUGGCUUGACGCAACUGAACAGUUUGAAGAUGCAUUUUCAGGUCUUAAGGUCAUUUCGUUUGAAGACAACUGCAUUAGGUUGUCGCUUAGGACCUAUAUUCCAAAGUCAAGAGGUCUGUCCCAGCAAAGAAAUGAAGAUUACACUUCUGUGAACCAUGAGCUACUAAUUGAACUUGUGGAAGGGACUAUGGACUUACGGAAAGUCGAGAUUUUCCCAAAUGAUGUAUGUAUACGAGAUAUUCUUGAUGCUGCGAAGUCUUUGAGUAAAUCUUCAUUGCAGUGGUUCGUAACAAAAGUACAAGGCGAAAUUUAUAAGCAGCAUGGGGGCGAAUAGAGGGAACGAGUGCAAAUAAAUGAAGACUCUUGUCACUCUCCUUGGAGUACUUGGGGUUCCACAUUAGAUGAUCUCAUGUUGUUGCGUGCAUUCGUUAGGGUCUCUCCAUUGUUUACUUCUCCAUUGAAAGUGAUUCCAAUCAUAUAUUUAUUAUCUAUGCCAAAUAUGAUCAGGAUUACAGUAUCACUCAAUGAGUGCUCCUGUAUGUUAAGUUUGUCAAUGAUCACUGACCCAUUAUUUCGGAGCUUUUUUGUAAAGAAAUUGCUUAAAUGAGAUACUUUGUUUGGUUAGACUUGAUCAUAGUCAUUAACAUGUACGGUUCUCUUUACUAUUUCAAACAAAAUGUUGGUUGCAUAGUUGAUCAA